AUGCAUCUUAGCUGGCUGAGUUUCGAUACGCUAGUACAUGAUAACCCGCCCCAUGGAAAAAGCCGACUUUAUCGGUUUGUAAAAAUGCUGCCACGUGAUGAGGAUGGUUUUAUCAUUGAAUACCCUCCCAAUACACCUGAGGAUCAAUACUAUAAUCCCAAUUUCUGUGAAGUGGAGCGGGUUGUAGCAUGCAGCCUCGAUUGGGAUAAUGAUACGCUCAUGCGUGUGAAUGGUAGAUAUCUCGUGAAGUGGUCGGAUCUGUCCUACAAAGAUUGCACGUGGGAGAGUCCAGAGACCAUCAGUGACGAGAUGAUCAAGGACUAUGAAGCGCGGCAAGUGAUCGCACCAAGAAAGCUGCAGCCUCUGAAAACGAAAGCAGAGCGAGUGGCGCAGGGAGAGAAAUCGAUUCUGCAUUUUAAAGAUAAUAAAACGCUGCGUCCUUAUCAGUGGGAAGGUUUCCGCUGGCUGAAGGACAACUACAAUCAAGGAAAGAACUCAAUCCUUGCUGAUGAGAUGGGUUUGGGAAAGACGAUCCAAGUCAUCAGCUUGAUGGAGCACAUUAUCCACAAUAUGGAAACGCAGCAACCGAUUCUGGUUAUUGCUCCGCUGAGCACGCUGGGAUUCUGGCGACGAGAAAUCGAGUCUUGGACGACCUUGAAUGUGGUGAUGUAUCAUGACAACGAAGGCGGAAAGGAUAUUCGCCACCUAAUCGAGCGAUACGAAUUCUACUACACGCGCAAGCAAUUGCCCGUGCCUCCUCCGUUCCCAGUUUACAAGUUCGAUAUUCUUCUCACGACAUACGAGAUCGCCAAUACCGAUGUCGACGAGCUUAGGAAUAUUCGGUGGAGUCUGGUCGUCGUCGACGAGGCACAGAGGAUGAAGAACAAGUCGGGCAAGCUGCAGCAGACCUUGCACCAGAUUCACUGGCAACAGUGUGUGCUGCUCACAGGCACGCCGCUGCAAAACAACAUGCUCGAGCUUUGGACGCUGCUGAACUUCGUGGCUCCUCAAACCUUCCCUUCGUCGACCGAGUUCCUGCAGCAGUACGGCGAUCUGCACAACCAGAGUCAGGUGGCUUCGCUCCAGCGUUUGCUCGUUACGUAUGUGCUGCGUCGAUUGAAGGAAGAUGUGGAAGACUCCAUUCCGCCCAAAGAGGAAACGAUCAUCGACAUCGAGCUCACCACGAAGCAAAAGACGUUCUACCGCGCGAUCUACGACCACAACCGAGAUUUCUUUAUCCACGGCUACAUCCGGUCGGGGAACGGCGUGUCCAGAGUGUCGGGGAACAGUCGCGGUCCUCGCUUGGUGAGCAUGGAGAUGCAGUUCCGAAAGUGCUGCAACCAUCCGUACAUGUUGGAGGGAGUGGAGGAAAUGGAGAGCGAGGAGCUGAAAAAGGCGGAGGAAAUGGAGUUCAAGGAUCUAACGAAGCACCCUCUUGUGCAAUCGAGCGGAAAGAUGGUGCUGCUCCAUAAACUGCUGGGCAAGCUGAAAGCUGAAGGGCACCGCGUUCUCAUCUUCAGUCAAUUUACUACGAUGCUGGACAUUCUGGAGCGGUAUCUGCGUCUCGCAGGACUCUCCUAUACUCGAAUCGACGGCUCGGUCCGAGGGAAUGCUCGCGAAGAAGCGAUCCGGACGUUCAACGACGAGAACAGCAACAUGUUCUGCUUUUUGCUGAGUACGCGCGCUGGAGGUGUGGGAAUCACUCUCACCACGGCCGAUACAGUAAUCAUCUUCGACUCCGAUUGGAAUCCCCAGAACGAUGUGCAGGCGCAGGCUCGUUGCCAUCGGAUUGGCCAGACGAAGGCGGUGCGUGUGUAUCGCCUCAUCACGCGAGGCACGUACGAAGCAGCGAUGUUCCAACGCGCUAGUUUGAAACUGGGUCUGGAGCAGGCGGUGAUGGCCAACAGCAGUACGUGGCUGAAGAACAUUUCUGCAGAUGUGGUGGAGACACUGCUGAAAGAAGGAGCGUACUCCGCCUUUCUGGAGGAUAAGGAGGGCGAGGAACGCUCACGCGUUUUUUGUGAAAGUAACAUUAACGAACUCUUAGAGAAGCAGUCGCGUGUGAUCACGUACGAUAAGAGCUCUGUGACGUCGCUGUUUAACAAGGCAAGCUUCGUGUCGACGCAGUCGGACUCCAAGCUGGAUAUCAACGAUCCCCUGUUCUGGAAGAAGAUUUACGGAGAGGACACGCGCGAAACGGUUCUGGAAAGAUUGGAAGAUGGUCGCGCCACGAAGGACGAGGAGACGAAGGCUGCGUAUAUCCAGGAGCUCAUGACGAUGGGCGAGGAGACGAUCCAGCAGAAGCUCUCCGGCGAGAAUGUUCCGGAGUGGUACCAAGUCCUCCACUCCGCCCUGAAGCAAGUGACCAUCAUGACCGAGCAGUUCAGCCAGCAAGACCGCGCGAAGGCGCAGCAUAUGCUUCAGGAAGUCGAGCGACCCAGCCGCAAACGGAAGCAUGUCCCCCAGGCCGUGGUUCCCGACGAUUCGUACUCGAUGAACGAUCCCGACUACAACACGAACGGCAAAUCGGAUCUGGACGACGAGGUGUGCUGCAAGUGCUACCGCGACUAUUGUCUGAUCCGCUGCACCGGCCCUUGUCGCCGCUGUUUCCAUCCGGAGUGUACGGAAAGUAGGGUUGGUCUCGCGUGGAGUGAGCGCCUAGAUCCUCCGCUUCGCAAAAAGCGAGAGACGUGGCAGUGCUCGGACUGUCUGAACCAUCGCUACACCUGCUGUCUGUGCCAGAAGGAGGGAUACGACGCGAACUACUACCAGAAACUCGUCGAUGAAGGCCAGAUCGAGGAAGGCUCCGACGUGCAGAUGCAGAAGAUCCGUGCGAAGCGUCGCAAGGCGAAGCAUAAGGCCGGUGACGACGACUAUGAUGCCUACGGCUCCCACUUCUCCUCCCGCGGGAAGAAGAAGCAGAACCCUCUCGUCUACAACCCGAACGUGGUUUUCAAGUGUCUGGUGAAGUCGUGCGGUCGUUUCUAUCACGUGAAUUGCAUCCAAAACAUGGAGUAUGGCAGUAAGGAGCACUUCAGCGACCUCACGCACUUCCGCUGCCCCGCGCACUUCUGCUGCGAGUGCCACGAGACCGGCAACACCAAGCACCUCGUGCAGUGCGUUAUGUGCUACAAAGCCAUCCAUGUAAGUUGUUUGACUCUGGAGAACGGCUUCCGCAUCUCCAAGCUCUAUUAUGUCUGUAACUCCCACUCCGUUCCGAAGGGCCUUUCCUCCUGGGAUGCCAAAAAGAAGCAAGCCAAUGCCGACGACGCGUCCUUCGGGUCCGAUCGACGUCGUGACGACACGUACCAUCGUCGGCCCUCCCGCGCGUCUUCGCAGAAGCAGGUGUAUGAGCCGAUUCAGUACGUCGUGCCCAUCGAACAGUACAAGGGCGAUUGGUGCAGGUAUUGCGGAGCACGCCGCUCCAGCGGGUUUAUGAAGGGGCCUUGGGGACCCAAAACGCUUUGCGUGGUGCACUACGUGGCCUGGUUUAGAAGCAAGAAGCUCGAUCUCUCUGCCUAUGUAGGGUUGUGGAGCGGGAAUGAGGAGUAGCCUGAGUUACCGACGAAGCCUAUUAAUAUCGAAGCGAAUUCAGAGCCUAAGUAUAUGCAUUACUUAAGAAUGAAGAAGGAAAAAGACAUUUA